AUGAAAUGGAAAUGGUGCUCCUUCUCUGAUGCACCUAACGGUUUUGACACCAAACCUAUAGGACCUUCCACAAGCAAUAGCAUUUGGGAUACAUCUAAUACACUUGGUAGAAUGGAGACAAGCUUUGCGACAGUGAGAUUACAUAGUAGCUUUGAUUCAAUGGAAGAUUCUUUUGGCUCUCAUAGUAAUCUAAGUGAUGUUGCAAUUGAUUUGAUUGGAAGAUCUGGGUCAACUACCAAUACCAUGGUUAAUGUUUAUAAUUCUCCUAGUUCUGGAAAGAAUCUUUUGAAUCAAAGACAAGAUUCUGGGAAAGUUUCACAUAAUAUCCCCGCAUCACCAUUAAGAACUUUUAGAUCCCCUAAAUAUGUUCUGGACGAUGAUGUGGCAACAGAAGAACUUCGUGCAGAAGCAAGAACAUGGAAAAGAAAUGCUAGGAAGUUGAUGGUUGAUCUUGAAUUAUCAAGAAAGGUGACUAGUGAUCAAACAAGGAACAUGGAAAAUGUGACUAUGGAGCUUUCUGCAUUACAAAUAGAAUGUGAUGAUCUGAAAAACAAAAUCAAACACCUGAAAAUUCUCUUAGGUGAGUCAGAAGUGAAAGAUAGGGAUGUUGAUAAUCUAAAAGCUCAGGUUCAAGAUAAAAAUGGUAUCCAAGCAGAACUUGAAGAAGAAAUAAAAUUUCAGAAAGAUUUGAAUAAUAAUUUGAGUAUAAAAUUGAAUAAAACUCAAGAAUCAAAUCUUGAGCUAGUUUCUAUCCUCCAGGAACUAGAAGAACAAAUAGAAAAACAGAAAUUGGAGAUAAAUAGUCUCGGGGCAUCAGAACAAUCAGCAGUUGAUGAAGACAAUGUAGAAGAGCAUACAUGGGUAGAAGUGUAA